GAAGGACAGGAUGACCAUCAUGACAUCCUGCUCUGCCAUAAAAACUGCAUGGUAUAUAUAUUAAAUAUUACAGUCAUAAUUGGACUGCUGUCCUGUAAUUUUAUUUUAAAGCACUUUUCUUCGACCUUCGGACUUCGGUUUUACUUGUCCAGUAUCGUUUGGAAAUUCUAAAUCAAUUGACCGCCACCGAUGUGUGAUAAUGUGAUUGCUGGCUUCAUGCCCGCUGAUAUUGUGAAUCUGAGGUGUGAUCUAGUUGCGCAUACUUCGGGAUUAAGAUGAUCCGUGGCAUGGGCAUGAAAAUCCAGGAUGCGUUUCAAGGGCAGUUUCGAAAAAAGAAUGCUAAGGCUGCGAAGGGACCUGAGCCUGAAAUUAAGUCGCGGGAACGCAAAGCAGCAGUGCCUCUGGAAACUCGGAUAACAUACCUAUCCAGUCGACAACUGGAAGAAGCAGCCCUUGCUGAACGCUAUCUCUUGGAGAACUUGGAUCAUGGAAAUGAUUUCAAGAAUUUGUUCUUCCUCCAGCACCAGUUCCUCAUUGUUGAGCUGGAGGAACCAUCAUUCUGUGAUUUGUGUGGAUUGUUGAUCUGGGGAAUCUAUCGUCUUUCACUAAAGUGCAGAAAUUGUAGCCUCACAUGUCAUCCGCAGUGCAAACAAUUUUUACGCCUGGUAUGUCCGAAACCGAGACCGCAUCGUCCAGUGCCAUCGCACAAGGAAAUCUCGUUAUCUUCGGAAGUUGACCAGCUUAGCGAAGAUGAGUCUGGCGAAUUGCCACAGGAUCCCUCAUUACAUAACGUUGCCAGUAACAAUAUCCCUGAGCGGCCGUUGGAAAAGAAAGUCGCGGAGUUCAAUAAAUCAUUUCCGUUUGCCUUGUUACAUCUGGAAAUGGAUGGUUCGUUUAAUGGAUUUGUAAGAAUUAUGCUCCGGUUGAAACGUCCCAUAACGGUAUCGAAUGUUGGACCCUUCCCGGGAGCCAGAGUGACUUCCUUUUAUCUGCCUCGGAAUUCGGAAAAAUUAAUCCAUGUGAGCAGCCUUGACAGAACCCCAGAUGUUAUGUCUGCUAUACUAACCAAGUUUCGGAUAAGAGAUGAUCCCAGGAAGUUUGGUUUACAUCUGGAAGGCCGCGAUGGAUGCCGACGGCUUGCAAAAGACGAUAUUCCUUUGGAGAUGGUUUUGGAUGCCAAUGAGAGCUGUUCCGAGUGUUGUCGUUUAAUUUUGGAAGAAACCGAUACUCGAAAUGUGCUGUGGGAUGCAUUUACGCUACCGGAGCUAGAAAAUUUCAAAACAAUAUUGGACCGCGAGGAGGAGGAAUGGCUGAAGCAGACGCAGCACAACUAUAUGCUAUAUCGUGCCAAAUUGCAGGCCGAGAUAGCCUCUCGUGACGCUGAAUCUAAAUUAUCAAGUGAAAAUGUCCCAACUGAGUGACAUGCGUGUAUUUCCGGACUUUAGUCACCUUACUUAGUUCAUUCUUGCUGUUUUGGAGCCAGUGUGAUGGGUUUUUUCAAAGAUCUUGUGUAUAGAGCAGUAUAAGAAAGCGUUUACUUAUCACACACCAAAUGUCAAAAUGAAAUUUGUGCGUUUGAAAGACACCAGAUGGGGUUGUUCAAAAAUCGAUCAACCUAUUGACACACUUUGCAACACCCUUUUGGUCCGCUGUGAAUUGGAAGGAAUACGAUGGUUAUGUAAAGCUUUAAUGGAACGCAGAAUUAAAAGGAUUCGGCCAAAAGAAGGAGUCCUUCCACAGUGAAUAGUCGUGAGGUGCUGCAUAUCUGUAGCUGUAUAACUCAUUGGGACUUGAUGAACUUGUCCGCUGUGGCAAUGGUAGUCAGGCUAAUGGCUGUGGUGUUAGUUUGCCUACGAAUAAUUGCUUAAUGCCCCCUGUAAAUUCAAGCGGAAAUUGGAGGAAAUUACCUGGCGCGGGUAAAGUCGCGAUAGGUCAACCACUCCACUAAAACGAACGUGAAUGCGCCGGCUACACCGAAAGCAGCGACUAUGGCCAGUUGGGGCGGAAGGGUCAAUUCCGAUGAAUAAAAGAAUCCUAUGGCGGCAGUGAAAGACUGCAGAACAGCAAAACUUUGAGAACCCAGAUUCGGUAUAAUACGGUAAUGCAAAAUUUUUUCGCA